AUGUCCGACCAAUUCUCUUCAUCCGACGACGAAUCCCUCAUCGGCCAGGACGUGACAGAAACGUCAACGCCGCUGCCGACCGAUGGAAAGAGCCCUGACGCUCACACACCGAAAGCCUCAGCAACCCAACCGGAUUACCGACCCAGACGCCCAGCGUCUCGUACACCAAGACGCCGAAAAUCACCUUCUCCUCCACCAUCUAGGCAUCCACCAUCUUCCCCAGCAUCAUCAUACGCUUCAGCACAUCCAGCAAUCCCGGCAAUAGAGAAAUGGACUGUUCUUAGUCUUAGGCAAGCUCUAACCAACGCUGACAUAUACUACUCCAAGAAAAUGAAUAAAGCGGAACUCUACAAUCUUUUCAUCUCACUUCAACCAACUCCUCGAUCUCCAAAAUCUACCCCCCGCCGCAAAGCAACAAACAAAACUAAACACCACAAAACUCCAUCUCUGCACUCACCAAAUAACGGUCAUCCUUCUUCCCUCGCAAGACCGGUUCCGUCAUGUCACACCAGGAAACCUUCAGCCAGUUUAGGUCGUGCUCCAGAUCCCGUCGCCAAGUCACCAGUACAUCCUCGCUCCGCCGAGCGACGCAAAGCAGCUUGCAGUGCACCGCACGCCACAACACUUUUCUCCGAUACAGGUCUCCCAUCAAGCUCAAAUGCGUUUCCGCCAGCAGCAAUGGCCCCGCCUCCACAAGCCUUCUCUAACCCUUUCUCCUGUCCAUGGCCUGCGGCUCCACCCUCUGUCUCGAACGCGAGUAUACUUCCGCUCGCAGCGCAGGCUCAGGCGUCAACACAAUUUCAGCAGCUUCCACCUCCCCCCCCACCGCCUUUCAUUCCCCAAACCCCAAUAAUCGAUGCGAGGUUUCCUCCGCAAACAGUCUCAGCAACAACUUCCAACAUACCAACUAAAUCUCCUUACACCUUGUUCACCGCAACGCCGAUGCCCCUCCCACCAAACGCUACGGCUCUAGAACCCCCCCCCCCCGUCACAAACAACAUCAGAGCACAGAUCCUCACAGUCUCGCUUUGCCUUUCAGAAAUUCAGGCAGCUUGCACCAGAAGCAGACCCACACCCUACUCCAGUACCUCACUAUUCAGAACUGAUAUUCCCAUAAACCACCCUUUGAAAUCCCUCCUCGAUGCAUCCCUAGAUACCAUCCUCCAUGCCGUAUCUCCCAGAACCCUUCAAACCUAUCUAACUGCUUGGAAAUGCUUUAAGACCUUUCACUCCUCUUACAAUCUGAUUUUUCCUGACUUUUCCAUGCUCACUAUCACCUCAUUUAUAUCCUACCUCAAUCACCACAAAAACCUCCUAGCCAGCUCCAUCAAAGGAUAUCUAAGUGGAAUCCAAUUUUUCCAUAAACUCAUAUUUGGCUCACCCUCCCCAGUAAUAGGCAGCACCCAGACAUCCAUGCUCGUCAAAGGCAUCCAAAGAACUCACCCCACCCGCCCCGACGCAAGACAGCCUAUAACCCUGGAAAUACUCACUAAAUGCAUCUCCACCCUCCGUAGAGGUUACCACUCCACGAACACCGCCCACACACUCGACACAAUGUUCAUUUUGGCCUUUUUUGGUUUCCUCAGAUGCUCAGAACUCUCUAUCACUUCAAAUUUCAAUCCGAAUAUACACCCCACAGUUUCAGAUCUAUCACUUCUGGACAACGACACCAUCUCCUAUUUCAUCAAACAAAGCAAGACAGAUCAAAUGAGGAAAGGUCAUUUCAUUUACAUCUUCAAUCUCCCUUCACCAAUUCAACCAUACCAGACUCUCCUAGCCUACUUGCAUUUCAUAAACUCCCAAGCUAGAUCUACAUCAGACCCACUCUUCACAGACGACUACAAACGCCCUGUUACACGUUUCUGGUUCCAAAAACACCUAAAAACCGUCUUACUUCAAUCUGGCAUCCCAGCAGACCUCUUCUCCAGCCAUUCCUUCCGCAUAGGGGCGGCAACUACAGCCGCCCAAAAAGGCCUAUCUCAACAACAGAUCCAAGCACUCGGACGCUGGUCAUCAGAGGCUUUCAAGACCUACAUUCGAUCAAACCGCUCUCACAUCAAAGAAGCCCAGCGAACCCUUAUCAGCUGAUCACAACAGAACCAG